AUGUAUGAGAAAUCUAUUAAUAUGUUAUCUGUUGAUGAUGAGGAAUUACCAUCAAAAGAAGAAGCCUUACAAGCUGCUAUUCAAAGAAAUUUAGAAGUAGAACAAUUGUCUAAUAUUCUUAAACUACAAUUACCCUCUCAAGCUUUAUAUGAUACUCAACCACAUUAUAAAAUAGAAGUAUCAAAAACUGGAUUUAGAUUUGAUAAUGAAGCAGAAUUUGACUGGACUUAUAUUUACUUCUUAAAUGAGAAGUUCAAAAAAACUCAAGGAAAAGCAACUAGACCUUUAAGUUAG